AGAAAGGACUGAAUGGUCUUGCGCGAGAAGACUUGGAAGGGAAUGGACGAAAUCUCAAAGAGAGAUACUGAGGUAGAAAGGAAUGACUGGAGUAGAGGAGAGAAGGCUGUCUGAUGAGUUCUGGAGCGGGACCAAGGAAACACUUUAUACGUGCCUACAUGCAUGCCAUGCUAUUAGGGCGGCCUCUACCCGAGUGACCCACAUGUUCGAUGCGUAAGGGCAAUUUCCGGUGUUUACGGAGUCGAGCACAACUGGAGUGACACGCAGUCUGGAUGGUACAUUUGGAGGGACAUCGGAACUUAGGCCGGACACGAAUCGGCGAUUUCUUUUCGUCAUUCUCCAGUUUUCUGCCCGCUGCUCGCAUCCGACUGGCAGGCACAUGGAGAAGAGAAAACCCUUCAUCCAUGGCAGUUCUGCAUCGGUGGAACCGCCUCCACAUACGUUCAUGUCCUCCACGUGGGACUGCCGAGCCUGCAGGGAUCCUUGGUCACAAAGUGGGAGCGAUCUUCAGGUACGGCUUGCGAAUCGAUAAGGAAAUUGUGGGCCUAGGCGUUCCUAUCGGAGAUUGUUUUCCUGUUUUACGGCACCAGCAACUCCUGGACAGGUGCGGACGGAGGGCUAAUGGCGUAAGCAGAUCGGCGAGGGAGGCGAGCCGGGAUUGGACGGACUUGAAUUCUAAUCGGACUAGGCAACGCGAGCAAAUCAGCGGCAGCCGUUUCAUCUGCCGGGCACAAGUCCGGCUCGCUGCUAUGACAGCCGUCUAUCGAUAAGUUUGAAGGGACGCCGUCGGUGGUGGUUGCCGAGGUUCGAAGAGACCGACCUUGCAAAUUUUCAUGGUCGGCCCAGCACCAAGUCUACUCCGCUUUUGGACUAGCGCGCAUCUUAGCGACAUGCGUCAUCUGGGCAAGCCGAUCUCCCGUUAUCGUACCUGACGCUCACUUUCCGUGCGAUCUACUGUGAUGGUUAGCAGGCCUCCGGACGUUGCAUGU